CCACAGUUCACAGUGAUCAAUCAAUUUUGGGCGGAAAAAAAAAGAGGGGAAAGAAAUGGAUUCUUUCGCUGGAUUCUACAUCGACGAGAAAGCAGUUCGAGUCGAAAACAUCUUCCUGGAGUUCCUCAAGAGAUUUAGGCUCGAUCCAAAUGGCGCUCCCUUCUACGAAUCCGAGGUCGAGCUCAUGGCUGCCAAAGAAUCGACCACCAUGUUCGUCGAUUUCUCCCACGUUAUGCUGUUCAACGAUGUCCUUCAGAAGGCCAUCUCUGAAGAAUAUCUCAGAUUUGAGCCCUAUUUGAAGAAUGCUUGCAAGAGAUUUGUAAUGGAGAGCAGAUCGAGCGGGAAUAGACAGGCUACUGAUGAUAACGCAAAUAAAGAUAUCAACAUUGCAUUCUAUAACAUCCCUUUGCUGAAGAGGUUGAGGGAUUUGACAACGUUGGAGAUAGGGAAGCUGACUUCGGUGAUGGGGGUGGUGACUCGAACGAGCGAGGUGCGGCCAGAGUUAUUGUAUGGGACUUUUAAGUGUCUGGAAUGUGCCGGAACUGUCAAGCAUGUGGAGCAGCAGUAUAAAUAUACAGAGCCCAUAAUCUGCAUGAAUGCAACCUGUCAAAACCGUAGCAAAUGGGCAUUGCUCCGCCAAGAGAGCAAGUUCACAGAUUGGCAAAGGGUUCGAAUGCAGGAGACAUCCAAAGAGAUACCAGCUGGUUCUCUUCCAAGGUCCUUGGAUGUUAUCCUUCGGCAUGAAACUGUCGAGCAAGCAAGGGCAGGAGACACGGUUAUUUUCACAGGCACUGUUGUCUCUGUACCAGAUGUGAUGGCGUUGACAUCACCAGGUGAGAGAGCAGAGUGUCGACGAGAAGCACCACAACGCCCAAAUGCAUCUGGUGGUAAUGAAGGUGUUAGGGGCCUUAAGGCUUUGGGAGUGAGAGACCUCUCUUACCGCCUCGCUUUCAUUGCAAAUUCUGUGCAGAUGGCUGAUGGUAGAAGGGGUACUGAUAUUCGUGACAGGAGGAUGGAUGGUGAUGACAAUGAUAAACAAGAGUUCACGCAAGAAGAAGAAGAAGAAGUUAUGAGGAUGAGAGAAACCCCUGAUUUUUUUAACAAACUAGUAGAGAGCAUCUGCCCUACAGUGUUUGGCCAUCAAGAAAUUAAAAGAGCGGUCCUACUUAUGUUAUUAGGUGGUGUACACAAGUCGACGCAUGAAGGAAUCAAUCUCAGAGGGGAUAUCAAUGUCUGUAUAGUCGGAGAUCCCAGCUGUGCCAAAUCACAGUUCUUAAAGUACACUACUGGCCUAGUUGCUCGCUCUGUCUAUACAUCUGGGAAGUCUUCAUCUGCUGCAGGGUUGACUGCAACAGUAGCAAAGGAGCCAGAGACUGGUGAAUUCUGUAUUGAGGCUGGUGCCCUGAUGCUUGCUGAUAAUGGCAUAUGCUGCAUUGAUGAAUUUGACAAAAUGGACAUAAGGGACCAGGUUGCCAUCCAUGAAGCUAUGGAACAACAGACUAUUAGCAUCACAAAAGCAGGUAUACAAGCCACAUUAAAUGCUAGAACCUCCAUUUUGGCAGCAGCAAAUCCUACAGGUGGACGCUAUGACAAGACAAAGCCACUCAAGUAUAACGUGGCACUUCCCCCUGCGAUUCUCUCGAGGUUUGAUCUUGUGUAUGUUAUGAUUGAUGAACCAGAUGAGAACACUGACUACCAUAUUGCCCAUCACAUUGUGCGGGUCCAUCAGAGGCAUGAAGAAGCACUUGCCCCAGAAUUUACUACUGCAGAGAUAAAACGUUAUAUUGCAUAUGCUAAAUCUUUGAAGCCUCAGCUAAGCCCAGAGGCAAGAAAAGUGCUGGUCGAAUCAUAUGUUGCUCUUCGCAGAGGUGAUACUGCUCCUGGAAGUAGAGUUGCUUAUAGAAUGACAGUUAGGCAGCUAGAAGCACUGAUUAGGCUGUCAGAAGCCAUUGCUCGAAGUCAUCUAGAGAAAGUGGUUCUUCCAGCUCACGUUCGCAUGGCAGUAAGACUGCUUAAGACAUCUAUUAUAAGUGUUGAAUCAAGUGAAAUUGAUCUCUCUGAUUUUCAAGAUCAAGAAGAGGGUGAUGGAAACACAGUCCCUGAUCCUGCUGCUCCCCCAGAUACUACUGCAGAAGCAGGUCCUACAGAAGAUGGAGGCAAUGAGAAUAGGCAGAAGAAGAAAAUGGUUAUAACUGAAGAACAUUUCCAGAGAGUUACCCAAGCUCUCAUUAUGCGUUUGCGGCAGCAUGAAGAUACAGUGGUGCAAGAUGGCAGUGGUUUGGCUGGUAUGAAGCAAGGGGAUCUUAUUGUUUGGUAUGUUGAGCAACAGAAUGCCCAGGGAGCAUACAGUUCCACUGAAGAGGUUCGGGAAGAGGUCAAAUGCAUUAAGGCCAUUAUAGAGAGAUUGAUACAAAGGGAGGGUCAUCUUAUAGUCAUAGAUGAUGGAACAAGCUCUACUGCUGCAGCCCCCACAGAAGCUGGUGGAGCAAGAAGAUCCGCCAGUGAGAACAGGAUAUUAGCUGUGGCACCAAAUUAUGUCGUUGACUGAUGAAAACAUUGAUCAGAUUGAAGAUUUAUCCAGAUUAGUGUCCGGAUAGAGAUGAGAAAAUAUUUACUCAGAUGGCAUAAGAAUGUGCGAAGUGCAUCCUUGAGCGUUACUUGAGGAGUGCUAUUUCAGGCAUCCUCUGAGGAUCAAUUUUUAUUACAUUUUAAACUACUUUUUGUUAAUCUUCAUGUAUUGUUAAAUGUGUAAGUGAAGUUGCUUAUUGCAGCCUGGCGGUUAAUGUAAGUUAUGAUGUUGAUAUCAUGUGAAAAGGUGUCGAAAAGUUUGAACGACGGAAUGCAUGGAGUUCUAUCUCUUUGAAACUAUUCAUGGUUUG